AUGCAACUCGUCGCCUCACUCCUAUCAUAGCGGCGGAGUUCCCAGUGAGUCUUGGCCAUCGCGUCGAAGUUGGUGUUGCAAUUUGCAAACGUGAACUAGCGUUUUGCAGAGGGACUCAGCUUCGAUCGGGCUCUUCUUAUCCGCUUCGAUCGGCCAAGGCCUUAUCUAUCGGCAUGGCGUCGACAGCUUUGUCAACAGGAUGGUUGAGAGGGAAAGUCAAGGCUGUUCCCUCUGGGGACUGUCUGGUUAUAAUGGGAAGCGCAAAAGCAGACAUCCCUCCUGAAAAGACCAUCACCUUGUCUUCUCUGAUUGCCCCUAGACUGGCACGCCGAGGAGGUGUUGAUGAACCAUUCGCAUGGGAGAGCAGGGAAUUUUUGAGAAAAUAUUGCAUUGGGAAGGAUGUGAUGUUCAGAGUGGAUUACACUGUUCCUUCAAUUGGAAGAGAAUUUGGUACUGUUUUCAUGGGAGAUAAGAAUGUAGCAUUUGCAGUUGUUUCUGAAGGAUGGGCCAAAGUAAGGGAGCAGGGCCAACAAAAAGGGGAAGUAAGUCCAUACCUGGCAGAUCUACAAAGUUUAGAAGAGCAAGCCAAACAACAAGGUGUAGGACGUUGGACAAAGGAACCUGGUGCUUCAGAGUUAGCUGUAAGAAAUCUACCACCUUCAGCCAUUGGUGAUCCUAGUAAUUUGGAUGCAAUGGGAUUGCUCGCGGCAAACAAGGGCAAACCUAUGCAUGGAAUUGUUGAGCAGGUUCGAGAAGCAAAGCAUUUUACUGAAACUCAUGUCUUAAACAGAGAUGUGAGAAUUGUACUUGAAGGUGUAGAUAAAUUCAGCAAUCUAAUUGGCUCAGUUUAUUAUCCAGAUGGUGAUACUGCAAGAGAUCUUGCCUUGGAGCUUGUCCAGAAUGGCUUUGCUAAGCAUGUGGAAUGGAGUGCAAACAUGAUGGAGAAUGAAGCAAAACAUAAACUAAAGGCUGCUGAGUUGCAAGCAAAGAAGGAACGGCUAAGAAUCUGGACUAACUAUGUGCCUCCGGCUUCAAAUUCAAAGGCAAUUCAUGACCAAAAUUUCACUGGAAAAGUAUAUGAUGUUAUGCUUGACAUAUGCUGUCUACAUGUGAACUUAGAAAGAGCACCUAAGAUGGGGAAUCCAAGAAGAGAAGAGAAACCGGCACCCUAUGCCCGUGAAGCCAAGGAAUUCUUGCGUACUCGUCUCAUUGGCAAUCAAGUAAAUGUGUCGAUGGAAUACUCUAGGAAGGUAGGUUCAGCUGAUGGAACCAAUGCAGCAAUGUCUAAUUCAGCUGAUUCUAGAGUAAUGGAUUUUGGGUCAGUCUUGCUUGUGAAGAGUGAAGCUGAUGAUACCACUUCUCCCUCAACUAAUCAAGUCGGAAUGAAUGUUGCCGAGAUGGUUGUUUCUCGUGGUUUUGCCACUGUUGUCAGACAUCGAGACUUUGAAGAAAGGUCAAAUUAUUAUGAUGCCUUGCUGGCCGCUGAAUCACGUGCAGUUAAUUCAAGGAAAGGGAUUCAUUCUUCCAAAGACUCUCCAGUGAUGCACAUAACUGAUUUGACUACAGCAUCUGCAAAAAAAACUAGAGAUUUUUUGCCUUUUCUGCAAAGGACUAAAAGGCACACUGCUGUCGUUGAGUAUGUCCUCAGUGGUCAUCGCUUUAAGUUAUUGAUUCCUAGGGAAACAUGCACUAUUGCCUUCUCAUUUUCUGGUGUUCGCUGUCCUGGUCGAGAGGAGCCUUUUUCUGAGGAUGCUAUUGCUUUAAUGAGAAGGAAAAUAUUGCAGCGUGAUGUUGAGAUUGAGGUUGAAACAGUUGAUAGGACGGGAACGUUUUUAGGCUCUCUGUGGUACUCUAGGACCAAUAUGGCUAUUACCCUUUUGGAAUCUGGUUUAGCAAGACUUCAAACUUCAUUUAGUUCGGACAAGAUACCAGAUGCUCACCUCUUGGCUCAGGCUGAGGAGUCUGCAAAGCGCCAGAAGCUGAAGAUUUGGGAGACAUAUGUUGAAGGACAAGAAGUUUUCAGUGGCCGCUCUGCUGAAGCAAAACAUAAAGAAGUGCUGAAGGUGGUAGUUACUGAAGUCCUUGGAGGUGGAAAAUUCUAUGUCCAAACAGUUGGUGAUCAGAAGGUGACUGCCAUUCAGCAGCAACUUGUUGCACUAAACAUUAAGGAAGCUCCAGUAAUUGGUUCUUUUAAUCCUGCAAAGGGUGACAUAGUCCUAGCUCAGUUCAGCAUGGAUAAUUCUUGGAACAGAGCCAUGAUUGUAAGUGGACCACGUGGAGCUGUGGAAUCACCCAAUGACAAAUUUGAAGUUUUCUAUAUUGAUUAUGGAAACCGAGAAUUUCUUCCAUACAGCCACUUACGACCGCUUGAUCCCUCAGUAUCAGCAGCUCCUAGCUUAGCACAGCUUUGUAGUCUUGCAUACAUAAAAGUACCUAAUUUGGAAGAUGAUUUUGGUCAAGAAGCUGCAGAGUAUUUGAGUGAGUUGACUUUGAACAAUUCAAAAGAGUUCAGUGCUAUGAUAGAAGAACAAGAUACUUCUGGAGGAAAGUCAAAAGGACCCGGAAGCGGAAUUGUCUUGAUGGUGACACUCACUGAAGGGGAACUCAGCAUAAAUGCUGCCAUGCUUCAGGAAGGGCUUGCUAAGUUAGAAAGAAAGAAGAAAUGGGACACCAGGGAACGAAAGACAACACUCGAUGCCUUGGAAGAAUUCCAAGCGAAAGCAAAAAAGGAAAGACUGAACAUUUGGCAAUAUGGUGAUGUCCAAUCUGAUGAUGAAGAGUUAGCUCCUCCUCCUGCUAGGAAAGCUGGAGGUCGCGGAUGAAACAAACUGUUCGAGUUUAAAGGCUACUUAGAUGAAUUAUACAAUUUCAUUCCAUCAUCUACCUUGCAUCUCUUUUCGCAAUUCUGUUUUUCUAACUUAAACUUCGAGGGAGACAUUAUUUUAAGCGACCAUCGAAUAAGGCAAUACCCAUAUCAUAACUUUUAAGUUAGAAUAUUAGUUAUUGAUCACUUGCACUGGUAUUAUCAAUUAUGUUAUGAUCA